CAGUGUUGGUGGGAAUGAGAUUACAUACAGGUCAGAACACACCACUUUAAGUGUCCUGUUUAACAACGUAGGACAUAUGUGCUAAUGCAAUACUCAGUUUGAUGCUUUUUUGCAAAAUAUGCACCCCUUAAAUGCAAUUUUGCACAUACCAGAUAAUUCAGUCUGGUUAGAAAGAAAAGUUUCAUGACAAAGAACAGCUCCAAAACUAAUAAUGUGUUAAUCACUUCCUUAAGACAGAAAUAAUUUUUCUAUUUAAAAAAACACAUUAAUUCUUCCAGAUUCUGUUCCAGGCAAACUGAUCCUUUUCAGCCCUUCACAUGGAAGCCUCAGUACCUAGUGGCAUCACUGACGUGCCCAGGCUGUUGCUCGUGCAGAGUCAGCAAAGAGAAGGGAAACUACAAGUGAAGAAGUUCAAUGUUUUCUUCAGCUGAAGAGAAUAUUUCUCAAGUCCUAGUAGGAAAAGGUGAAAAAGAGAAGCAGAGGAUGUUGCUAGUAGGUAUGAAGCCAUGACUAGCAGUGUGAUUGUCAACAGGAAGCAAAGCAUCGCAGCUGAUGUGACGCUGCAGUACAGCACUCUUGCUGUGUUGUGUUCCCUGCUGGACUCUGUGGCCUGGGGAGCUGCAUCUCUCCCAUCCGUUCGUCUGCUGGAGUUUGAAUUGUUCUGCAUCUGGUUAAUCCACUUUGCUGGAGCUGGCAAGCCCUGGGCUCUUUUCCUGGACACCUGGUACUGUAAAGCCCUCGAAGAGCUCCGGGGAGGGCAGCGUGUGUGUGAGCAGCCUGCAGGGCUGGCAGUGAGACCCCCGGCAGCUUCGCGGUGUCCUGGCUGUUCAGUGCUCUGCAGAUAUGAACGCUGAGCUGUCCCGGCCCCUGCUCACACCGGCCUGGCUGUGCUCACCAUGCUAGUACAUGGGCAGGACGACUUCCUCUCAGACAUCGCUUACAUCAUCCUGGAGCUCAUCAUCGCCGUGCUGGCCAUCCUGGGCAACAUCCUGGUCUGCUGGGCCGUCUACCUGAACAGCAACCUGCAGAACGUCACCAACUAUUUCGUGGUGUCCCUGGCUGCUGCUGACAUUGCCGUGGGCGUGCUGGCGAUCCCCUUCGCCAUCACCAUCAGCACCGGCUUCUGUGCCUUCUUCUAUGGCUGCCUCUUCAUCGCCUGCUUCGUCCUGGUCUUGACUCAGAGUUCCAUCUUCAGCCUCCUUGCUAUCGCCAUCGACAGAAUCAUUGCCAUCCGGAUACCCCUCAGGUACAAUGGCUUGGUGACUGGCUCUCGAGCCAAAGGGAUCAUUGCCAUCUGCUGGGUGUUGUCCUUCAUCAUCGGCCUGACCCCAAUGCUGGGGUGGCACAACCGUGCCCAGAUCGAAGAGCUGGGUUCCAACAGGUCCUCUCCCAUCAACUGCAGCAACAGUAUGGUGGCCUGUCUCUUUGAGGCUGUGGUCACCAUGGAGUACAUGGUCUACUACAACUUCUUUGCCUGUGUGCUCUUGCCCCUCCUCCUCAUGUUUGGCAUCUACUUGAAGAUCUUCAUGGCAGCCCGGAGACAGCUGAAGCAGAUGGAGAACAAGAUGGUACACGGGGAACGUUCUCGCUCCACGUUGCAGAAGGAAGUCCAUGCAGCCAAAUCCUUAGCCAUCAUUGUUGGGCUGUUUGCAGUCUGCUGGCUCCCACUACAUAUUAUUAACUGCUUUACCCUUUUUUGCCCAGAUUGUGCCCACGCUCCCCUCUGGCUGAUGUAUCUGGCUAUUAUCCUGUCUCACGCUAACUCGGUUGUAAACCCUCUAAUUUAUGCCUACCGAAUCAGGGAGUUCCGAUACACCUUCCGUAAAAUCAUCAGCCAGCACAUCCUGGGCCGCAAGGAGCCGUUCAAGGCAGGGCCAGCCAGCUCCAGGACUUCCACCCACGGUGGGGACAUGGAGAACGCCAGCAUACGGAUCAGCGAGUAUGCGCUAGAGGUGUACACCAAUGGAGAGAUCCACAGGGAUCCUGAAAAGCAGGACUUGAACAAAUGCAAAGCUGGCUUGGAAGGGCACCAGAACGGAAAUGCUCUGGACCUGGAGACAAAUGGGCAUCUCCUACAUUCCUGCAAAAAUGGGAUUCUCUCUGAUGCAUGCCUGAACAGGGAGCUUCACAGUGAAGAGCUACUUGAUGCCCAGGUGUCUUACUCAGAUCUGGAAAGAGCAGCCUUCGCUGCAGCUGAUGUUUCCUGAUGAGACUUUUGAAGUCUUCCUGGUAGAAUGAUUUUUUUUUCCAUUGGUGACCUCUGCUGUGGCAGAAAGGGAGGUUGGGGGGCGGGGGGAGAGCUGUGUAUUCAGAUUGCUGUGGAGGAAGGGGUCCCUUAUCCAGGACAGCUGGGAUGAUCCUAAAUACUAGACUGGAGAAAAGCCAAGAGACCGUUGAAGUGGACUAAGGAAGGAGGGACACGUUACCCGUCAGUGACCUGUCACCAUGAGCAGUGCCAAGGUCGAGGAUGGCAUUCCAAGUUCAGCACUGGGAGACCCUGCUGCUGCAGGGAUAUCAGGACAUUAUGCUGUACUGUGUGCCUGUGGCUGUGUGUCAGUGUUGCUGUCUUUACCAACAGAAACUGAAGCAUGGCUGGAAGUAUUCCCUGAACAGCAAAGAGCAACAGGGAAGGGGCUUUAUCGUACUGUGGCCCUGCAACAAGCAGAACAGGGGAUAGUAACAUCUAUUGGUGAGGAAAGAUGCCAGGAGCUGCUUGUAGAGCAAAGGAAUUUACCAGAUGGGAACUCUGGAUACCUUCAACCAUGGCAUUUUGUCUUCAGUUCAUGUUUUUAAAGCUUAUACUGCAACAGGUUGCUCAAGUGGGUUUUUUUCCAUGUCUUGAUAAGGUUACUUUAAGUUAUAAAAGAUGGACGAGAACUCAUAUUAAUUCUCUGAGCACUCAGUGUUCCAGAUGCACAAGGCAAAUACAACCUCUUAGGUCUCCACUUUGUCCAGCAAAUCAUGAAAGCAGAGUCUGUAAUAUGGAUUUCCCUUGGCAAAAGGGCUCUCAGCAGGACUUGGUGCUGCAGUGGCAGAGCAGCAGGCCAGGCUGGGGGCUGUGUCCCCAGGGUGGGGCUGUGAAGAGUUGUUGGGUGUCUGGUCUGUCUGUAGGCUGGUGGCACUGUCUGCUUUUUCCCCAUCUCUGUGCUUGUCCUCCCGAGCUCCUAGAAUGCAAAUUCUUUCCAUGGCCCCAAAUGUGUGUGAGGGGAGGUAAUAUUCCAUAUUUUGGUCAUUUUGAUCCUCACUCAAAAGGCUGUGGGAUUUUUUUCUUCUUUCUGGGGAUAGGGAGGAACCCAAACACAUACCUACCACUUAGUUUUGGAAUUCCAAUGAGCUCUGUUUAAACCCCACUUCUCCUGUGAUUUCAGUUUUUUCCUGAUGUGCUUUACUGUGAAGCCUGAUGUGUCCCUGUGGUACAGAGGCCAACAGAAGAAGCUGGUUAGAAGAAGCUCCUACUCUGAGAAGCUGAAAGGUGUCAGUAGUAUUGGGAAACUGCAGAAAACUACAGAAACUGCAGUUCUCUGUAAAAGAGAACAGGCAAAUCUCUGCUGCAGCAAGUGUAUGCACUGAUGUCGUUUGUUUUAGAGGUGUUUCACAGCAGUUUGAUAAUUUUCUGUGUCACAGGAAGCCUGGCAGCUCAAGGACAGCAGAAAACCCACAUCAACUUGAAUUCUACCUGAGAACUGAAUGGGUUUUGUUAUUCAGACAAAUAAUCUGUGUCCAAUCCCACCAGCCUUCUGGAGACACAGGCAGUACUGUCCUACUGGAAAACUAAAAGUCUGGUAAUUCCAGGGAUCUGAACCUUAUUCCCUAGCUGAAAACAUCAGAAAUACCCCCCAAAUGUGGCUCCUCCUCAUGUCUGUCCACUAACAUUUCAGAAUCCAAGGGAAACUGGAUUUUCAUACUUGAGGAAGAGCAGGUUAUGUUUGUGUGUUUUUACCCCAUGUUUAUUUUAUGUAUUGCGAACAAUUAAAAUGAAAAGGCAGUUUUAUUUGAGGAGAAUUUUCCUUUUGCCAGUCUCCCUACAUGAAGGUGGGGAGUAGUUUACGAUGCUGAACGUGUUCAAGUGUGUAGCUGCUCUGGGCUAGCACAAAGCUUAGUGUGAGAUGGAGAAAAAGAUGUGGCUGCUGCCACAACCCUUAGCAGAAAGACAGGCCAGUUUGUAAAACAAUAGACUUGGCAGUUUAAUUGAAUUGCUGCUUUCUUGGCACAGCUCUGCCACCCUGGUCUAACGUCAGAGGAGUGGAUUAUCACUCCAGCACCAUUUACGAACACUGAGCCGUUUCCCCGGGGACUGACGUCACAGGUGGUUCCUCGGCAGGGUGACUCGGGAUCUCGUUACUCCUGAUCUUUCUUGAUGGAAUAUUUCUGUAGGUUAUUUGUGUGAUGGCUGCUCUGACCUCCUGUAACUGUGGCAGAGGAACUCAGGAAAAUGGGGGGCUGUUCUCUUCAGGCCUCGGUUGGGAGCCGAAGUGUUUCUAAGAAUAACACAAGAUUACAUCCGGCAUUCAUGUCAAUAACAAUUAGGUCCACAAAGAAGCAGAGCAGGGGAGGAAGUGUGGGAAAAUACCAGCAUCGCUCAUGCUGGAACACACACGAGUGCAGAAGUGUCUCCUAUUGAGCUUUGUAAAGGAAUGGUUUACACCACAUUGGAUCAGACUUUCAGCUGAUGUGGGUUGGUUGCUUUCUAUUGUUUCCUGAGCAUCUUCACACUCAAUUAGGGCAGCUUCUUGCUUGGCUGCCACAAGAAUCAAGUUGAUCUGUCUUGAUGGACAAACUUAGGAUUGUCACUCUGGAAAACUUUCCUGCCUGACUGGAUCACAAAGAGAGUUUAUGGAGUUUCCAGAUAUCUUGAAAUUAGCUUUUGUGUUGCUGCUUGAGCUGCCCCCAAGUGUGUCCAGUCCCUCUCAAUAUUAGUGAUCCAGACAUGAAAUGAAAAGGGUGUGUGAAGGGGCUGGGGGAUGUGUGCAGGAGGAAGAGCAGGAGGGUAUGGAGGCAGUGUGGUUUGCAUAGAAGUCUGCAGCCACAGGAAGGAAGGGAUGGCAAUUCACCACAUGCUGUGAGCCUUCUGGCAAACAUAUGGCUGGGAUGGACCUUCAGAAGAUGUUUCUGAAGCAGUUGUUGGGGAGAGCAUGGGCCUUUUGAACAGAAUUUUGGAAUUCUUACUUCUUGUUUCCCAGGGAUUAUGAUUUUAAGGCUUCUUGCUUUUAGGGUUUGGAUUUAAAAAAAAAAAAAAGAAGUAGUAGGUCCCACCACUGAAGUGUGGUUUUUGCUUCUAGCAGUUCUCCACUCUUGAGGGAAGUACCUGCCUUCCAAGCUGCAUAGGACCAUAUGCCCACUUUUCUUGCAGCUGAAGAAUGUUUAGCUGAUGAAAUGCAGCUGUCCUGGAUAACAAAUGUGGUGCCAAGACAAAGAAGGGGAUGACUAUCAGGAGAGGCUGCAGAAGACUUCCUUGGGAAUCCAAGGUGCAGUGGGCCCAGAGAGUAAGAGCUGGGGUAAGAAGAGACUAAUUUCAUUCAACUGGAACUUCUUACUAAAAAAAGUCUGAAGACACAUAGAGAAAUGUGGUGCCUUGUUUGGUGUGAUGGCAUUCCAUGAAUUUCACCAUUCCCUGAAGACCCUUAGGCUCCAGGGUUUAUUUGCUUUAUUGGGUUUUAGAGAAAGCAAAGUUUGAUCCGUUGCCAGGAGUAAUUUUAUCAAGACUUCUUGGGGCUUUCUCCUCAAUAGGGCACUGCUUUUUUGUAUGUGCAAAUAAAUGCACUUACAGCUGUGUCCUGCAGAUUUCCCUUGGGAUCAGUGAUAUUUCAAAGCUCUGUGCAAGCUUGAACUCCAGCUCUUGAACUAAGAAGCAACUGGACAUGGUGGGACAGUUGGGGUUACUGUAGACAGAAAGGGCUUCCCACUGAUCCCAGUCGGUGCCAGGAAGCUUGUUCUGCAGGUGGACUUGGAGUGACAUGGAAUAGUCUUUGAUCAUUCUUUGAAAACAGACUCCAGGGGAUGCUGGUGGAUAUAGAGAAGUCUCUAAGGUGUGGGAAAUUGCAGGGCCAGGAUGGAUGGAAAAUCUUGGUGGUGAAGGAGUAUUUGUAGGGUAGGUAUUUGGGACGAUUUCAGGUGAGCAGGAAUGUGCUGGGGAGUGCACAGAUGGUGCUGGCUUGAGAUCAAGGUGUGACUUGCUGAGGAAGGAUUCUGGAAGGGCUGUACAGCCUUACAGCUUUCCUGGGGUCACUGCAGAGGAUCAACCCUGCCUGGUGUGUGCAGAGGGUUGACUUUGUAUGGUCCAUAUUGACUGAGGCAGAGAUGGUUCUUAUGGAUUGGCCUUUCCAGAUACAUUGUCCCAUUGCAUGAGCACAUCCAGGUGUAACAAAAACCCUUCUGCUUCAUGAGCAUGGGCCCUACCUAAAACCAAAUCCAGCCAGCCAUGCUCUGUGGAAGGACAAAUGUGCUGCAAAGGUGCUGCAAUGCAUCAAAACUGUGUAGAAUACUCUCUAGUGGUGUCUGCUAAAUUCAGCUGCCUAAAGUCAGUUCUCUCCCAGUUUGUUUUGGGUAUCAAACUGCACUGAGUCAUAGUGGAGUUUUUUUCUUUCUAGCCCUGAGCUUUUGGCCUUCUUUAUGGUAAAACACAUCAAGAGUAACUAAAAUCACACCAGUUCCUCAUUUGCAUGAGAGGUGAAUAACCCUGACAGACUGAGAAUCCCCAAACUGGGGCAGUGUUGUGUGUAACUCCCCAUCUUACUUGCCUGCUGGGACUGUUCACACAAGGAUGUGUUAAAAUCCAGACUGGAACCUGUUGAUCUGAGAACAUCCUUUGCUUCCCCCACUGUCUCAGGAGCUGGUGUUCCUGUGGAGCAGUUCUCUGUGGUCUGACAACCAAGACACUAUGAACACCCUGCUGCACAUGCUGUCACUACGAAACAAUUACUCUUUUAAUUUAAGUGUUUUACGAUAUAGGUGUUGUUUUCCCUCUGUUUGUCAGUUACCAUUGGGGAAGGGGGAGGGAAGGGGUGGGAGAAUCUGUGCAUGCAAAUGUAUUUAAAGUGCAUUGACCAAAGGUUUUUUUGAAUCUGUGAAGUUUUCAUAUCUGUGAAGUCAUCAGACUGCUGGGCAGUGAGGAGCCGCUGGUGCUGCGGAGUCUGUCUUGGUUACAUUUCUUAAUAAGCAUUAAAAUAAUAAAAAUAUAUUUGUAAAA